AUGCCAAAACGGUUUUCAAUGCCGGAAAUAGAUUCGUCGCUUCUGUUGACCCAAACGUUGGGCGACAACGAGUUGACAGAAGAGGUGAAGAAGUGUCGGAUCCUUUUGGUGGGCGCCGGAGGUAUCGGCUCCGAAGUGAUCAAAGACCUGCUGUUAAUGGGCUUCGAGACCAUUGAUGUCAUCGAUUUGGACACAAUCGACGUCUCGAACCUCAACAGACAGUUCCUCUUCAAUCGACAACAUGUGGGCAAAAGUAAAGCGGAAAUCGCGGCCAAAGUGGCGGUCGACCACUUCGGCCACAACGCGUCCGUCGCCGUCAAAGCCAUCCACAACUCGAUCCAGAGUUCGGAGUUUGACAUCGAUUUCUACAAAAGCUAUACUUUGGUGAUCAACGCGUUGGACAACAGAGCGGCCAGAAGUCACGUGAACCGCAUGUGUUUGGCUGCGGGCGUACCGCUGGUGGAGUCGGGCUCCGAGGGCUAUAUGGGACAGGUGUUCCUCAUCCACAAGACUGUCACCCAAUGCUAUGAGUGUGAGGGACCCAAACAGGACAGCCGCACAUUCGCCUCGUGUACCAUCAGAAACACGCCAUCGCUUCCCAUCCAUUGCAUCGUUUGGGCCAAACAUCUCUUCGCCCAACUCUUCGGCGAAGUGGACGCCGACAACGACGUGAGUCCCGAUAACACCGAUCCGGAGUUGACUACAAGUGAUAACAAGGAUGAUAGCAAUGGCUUGACUUCGACCGCAAAACAACAGUCGACAAGAGAUUGGGUUAAGGCUUGUGGUUAUGACACGAAACAAGUGUUCGUUAAGCUAUUCCACACAGAUAUUGAGUAUUUGCUACGAAUGGAUCAGUUGUGGGAAAACAGAACCAAACCAAAGACAAUAGAUUACGAUCGAGUGGUGGCCAAUGAUAUUGAGUUUGACGCCAUCGAGGGUACGAGUAGUUCCAAUGGUUUGAAUGGUUCGGGAGAACCGAACCCCGAUCUCAAAGCUCAGAAAGUGGUGGCCAAUGAUAUUGAAUUUGACGCCAUCGAGGGUACGAGUAGUUCCAAUGGUUUGAAUGGUUCGGGAGAACCGAACCCCGAUCUCAAAGCUCAGAAGUUGUGGUCAAUCAACGAAUGCUUAACUAUUUUUGAUGAAAGUAUCAAAGAAUUGAUGAAACGAUUGACUGAUUUUGGAGGAAAUGAUACGUUUUUGGUUUGGGAUAAAGACGACGAAUCGGCUCUUGAUUUCGUGACCGCUGUAUCCAAUCUGCGGUCGUUUUGCUUUCAUAUCAGCCGAAAGUCUAAAUUUGAUGUCAAAUCGAUGGCCGGGAAUAUAAUACCCGCCAUUUCAUCGACCAAUUCAAUAGUCGGCGGUUUAAUUGUUUUGCAAACGCUUAACAUUUUGCGAAAUAAUGUCCACAAAAAGCGAAAUCCAGAGUUGACUACAGAAGAGGCGAAUAAAGCGCUGUACGAGUCGUGUCGUCACGUGUAUCUCCGCAAAGUCGGUCCGUCCGCUAAGAACCUGAUCAGUGCCUACGAGCUCGAGAAGCCCAACCCUAACUGUAUGGUCUGUUCCGCUAAUGUGCCCGAAAUUGAGAUCUCUUUGAGUUUCAAGAAAACG